AGGGGGAUAUGCAAGAAUAAAUCUGGCAACUUAGUCUGCCAUCUUUGAUUGUGUGACAGGCCGCGGCGCGAGCGGGGCCUCACUUAAGUAGAGAAACGGUCCUGCACGAGAUAACGGGUGAGGAGAUACGGAACGGCUGUGUACCGGUUCCCGCAGAAACAGCCUGACAGACAACGACGGCUUGAAAGAGGCAGAAAACAUAAAAAGCCGUGCAUGUGGAGAGCGGUUUGUUAGCAGCGAGCAAAGUAGCUAACCAUCGUUAGCCGAAUAGGGUUAGCAGGUUAGCCAGCUUUUGUAAUCCACCGGUCAGCCACACAUCGUCCACCAACCCAGGCCGAAACCAUAUUAUAAGUGAGGCCGCAAAACAGCCGAAAGGACAAAGAAGGCGCCGGCGGUGGCAGGAGACUGGUUCUGGGUGCGAGGCCAAAGGACCAGACUCAAUGAGUUUCCAGCGAAAUGUCCGAGAAGUCAGGGCAGAGCACCAAGGCAAAGGAUGGCAAAACAAAGUAUGCAACCCUUAGCCUCUUCAACACCUACAAGGGCAAAUCUCUGGAAACCCAGAAAACUGCAGUGGCUGCCAGACAUGGCCUCCAGAGUCUGGGCAAAGUUGCUGUCAGCCGGCGCAUGCCCCCUCCGGCCAACCUGCCCAGCCUGAAGGCAGAGAACAAGGGAAACGACCCCAACGUCAACAUUGUCCCCAAAGACGGUAGUGGCUGGGCAUCCCGAACUGAGGCAGGGGACGAGAGGCAACAGGAGACCCCCCCACCCCAGAACAAACCAGCAGUGCACCAGUCACAAGAGCUUUCUACUGGGGGCAGCCGCUCCUGGGCCAACAGCAAGCAGACGCAACUGGACGGCACUCCUCGUGUGAGCAGCCAUUUUCACCAGGAGUUUCCCAGCUUGCAGGCAGCUGGUGAGGUGGAAAAAGGGGAUGCUCAAGAGGAGGAGCCUUAUGGACCAGGCCCCAGCCUCAGACCUCAGAAUGUUGGCAGUUGGCGUGAGGGUGGAGGCAGGAAUUUGAACACUGCACCCAGCCCCCCUGAGAUGGAGCCCCUGAGGGCUCCAGAGGAGGGUAGUAAGAGCCUUGGUACCGCCACACCACCUGCAGAAGAUGAUGAGCCAGGCCGAAAUGUAACGACUGAUGGUCAGAGGGAAAAGAGGGAUGUCAAGGAGAGGUUGCCCCCCUCUGGGCCUCCUCAGCCUAAACUUAAUGGGGGUCAGCAGCCUCCUGCUGGGGUGCCCACUCAUUUUGAUCCUGCUUUCAGGAGCAUGAUGCCACCUUAUAUGUUCCAUGCCUAUCCUCAGAUGUCUUUUGGCCCAGGCCAAGGAAACUUCAGAUACCCUGUACCCCAAAAUGGGGCAAAGGGGCCUCGUUCAGCACGACCCCAGCAGCCCCCUCCUCAGUCCUGGCUCCAAGACCCAGAUAGACCCUCUAUCGUUAGUCCAACAGAACUGAAGGAGCUGGACAACUUAGACACUGAUGCUGAUGAAGGCUGGGCAGGAGCUCAGAUGGAGGUGGACUACACUGAGAAACUAAACUUCAGUGACGAUGAGGAGAACCAAGCUGCUAAAGACAAAGGAGAAAACUGGGAAUGGAUGGGUAAAGUUGAGCGUAUAAGAUCACGGCCACCAGACAAUCAGGAGGGCUGGAAGGAAGGGUCUGAAGACCAUGGGGGCAAUAAAACGUCAUGGACUGACAGUGUAGAUCCCAGAGCGUCAUCUCCCGGUGGUACGGGGCAGUACAGCAAGUCAGCUGCUGCACAUGACUACCAGGGUGGCAGUCACUCUGUUGGCAGCACAGCGCCACGUGGGAGCAAACCACAGGCAACAGUGGCACCCGGUGCCGAUGAUGACUCUGAAGCCUGGCGGCAGAAGCGCAAGAAACCUUCAGAAGUUUCUGAAGCUGUAGAACGAGCGAGACGGAGGAGAGAGGAAGAGGAGCGACGGAUGGAAGAGCAGAGGCUUGCUGCUUGUGCUGAAAAACUUAAACGUCUCAAUGAAAAACACCGUCAGGCAUCUGAAGGCAAAUGUGCCUCUGUUCAGACCGCCAGUGAUGAAGCAGGAGCUGCUCGUGAGGAAGCCUCCUUAUCAGCUCCUGCUCCUGUAUCUAGUCCUGUACCUUCAGUUUCACAAUCGCAGGCCUUAGUCAUGCAAGCUUCUCCACCUGAGAGGGUUGAUCGAGACAGGGAUAGGAUGAAGCGAGAACGAGAGAGAAUAGAACCAACUGCAGAGGAGGAGAUUCACUUGCCUCGUCAGCCCAGCCCCCCUAUCCAGAGACCUGUGGCUGUAGCUCCAGAGGCUCAGAGUGAGGGAGAGAGCUCCAUGGCUGAGGUCAGCCCCCUCAUGGAGGAGAACCAGACUGACAGGACAACAAUACCUAUCCGAGACUAUUUCACCAUAGAAGACAACAAAGUGGAUAAGCCCCACCUGUCUCUGUCUCACAUGGACACCCCCAGUGGUGAGGAAGUCCCUGUGGUACCCCCACAGCUAGAAGGAGAAUCAGCAGCUGCUAUGCGUCCCUCUCUCACCUCAGGCUAUUCCAAACAGUUUCAAAAGUCUUUACCCCCUCGUUUCCUCAGACAACAGGAGCAGAUGAAGCAGCAACAGUGGCAACAGCAGCAGCAGAGUGGGGGCUCUGUAUCCCCAUCAGGUGGUGGAGGGGUUCCAGGUGCCCAACAGCAGCAACAUCUCUCCAUGUAUCAACCCAUGGGUCCCCACCACCAGCAUCUGGCCUCCAUGGGGUUUGACCCCCGCUGGCUCAUGAUGCAGUCCUACAUGGACCCCCGCAUGAUGUCAGGGCGUCCUCCAAUGGACAUGCCAACUAACAUUCAUCCGGGGAGGAUGCCUCCUAAGCAGGUUGUGUGCAGAGAGCCUGGUGACAACUCAAGUUCCAGCUCUGAUUCCUUUGACCACUUGACCCGACCAAUUCGUGACCAUGGUUUGCCCUCAGAGUCACGGAUGGUAUGGGGAUCUGACCCAUACCCGCAGUCAGAGCCAUUACCUUCUGUAACUCCUCCUAAAGGGCGGGAUGAUAACAAGGAGUCAAGGAUGGACUCUGCUUUGGAUCUGGACAGGGGUCUCCCAGCUAUGUACCCCCAGGACCAUAGUGCCCUUGACGCUCGUAAAAGUAGCUUCUUCAGGGACCCUACAGAAUCCCUGUCAGUGUUUGCCCAAGGCCCAGAGGAUGCGUCUGGGCCUUUAGACAGGGUCCCCAUAGGUUCAACCUUUGAUCCUGAGGAGCCAGGCCUUCCCAGUGGGGAAGAGGUAGAGGCUCUUGGUCAAGCUAUGCUCCAAAGGACUGUCUCCCAGAGCUCCAGCCACUCUCUCAAGCUGGAUGAGCCCAGGUUUGAUGGGCUCCCCCUGGGAACAAAAUCGUUAGAUCUACAGGACACAGGGGAAAAGACUGAUGAUAAACCCCAGAAUGAACUAUAUUCCCAGGCUGCAGUGGCCAGCAACAGGACUACACCUCCUGCUGAUGGAUUACACAAACAAGACAAACUGCUUUUGCCAGCCCCUAGCAAGCAAAAAGCUGAGCUACGCUGGGGUGGGAGAUCAGGAGCUGGUCGCAGAGAAGGACCAGUGGGAGAGAGACCAGUCCGUAGGUCUGGGCCUAUAAAGAAGCCUGUCUUAAGGGACAUGAAGGAAGAGAGGGAGCAAAGAGAACAGAGAGAGAAGCGUCACGAGAGAGGGGAAAGAGGAGACAGGUCCAAAAAGGAGCAGUCAUCCAAAGCUCCUUCUGCAGCUGCUGCUGUGUCUGAGGGCUCCAGACCUCAGGGUGAAGGAAAGAGAGAAUCUGCAGAGGUUGAGGAAACACCAGCUGGCCACCAGAGAGCCAGAGACUCUCAGCCUUUGUCUGGGGCUCACACCCCUUCCUCUCAGGAGGAGAAAGUAGACAAACCGCCCGGCAAUGACAAACAUCCUGAACCCAAACUGCCUUCCAGAAAAGAGUCCAGUCUUCCUCCACGUGCCUACCGACGAGAGGAGCGAGAGAGGGACCGUGAGAGGGAUAAGGAAAUGGACAAGGACAGAGAGAAAGAGUGGCCUGCUGACUCAGGUUUCAAAGGACGUGGUCGAGGGGAGUAUUACUCCAGAGGACGUAGUUACCGGGGUACCUACAGUGGACGAGGCAGGGGGAGUCGUGGUCGAAGCCGGGCUGAGUACCUUUACAGAGAGCCUCGAUCUCGCACUGAUUUGCCUUCUGCUGGAGGUGCUGCUGCCUUUCGCAAUAGGGAGGAAAGCGAAACACGCAGUGAGAGCUCAGACUUUGAAGUUAUACCGAAACGCAGACGGCGCCGUGGUUCUGACACAGAUUCUGAAAGUGAAGGUGGACGGGAAUCUGCCAGUGACACUGGACCCUCUGACCGUGAGCCGAGCACCAAACCUAGCCGUCCACUAAGAAGAGAGCUUCCUGGGGAGGGCCGGUCUGGGACCCACAAGCCAGGCUUUGGACCUCCUCACAUGGGGGAUAAGGUUGGAUCUAGAGGGGAUGAUGAUGGCAGACCCAAGCCAGGAUUCCUUCCGAAAGGGGAGCCGUCUCGACGAGGAAGAGGAGGAUUAUACAGCAGACGAGGUGGAGCAAGGGAACGUGGAGGCCCACGACCCGGCCCUCCUAGGCGGCCAGCAGCCAGAGAUUCCUCCUCUCAGUGGCCCUCUAAGCCCAUGGAGACGUUCAGGCCAGAGGACACAGAGUCCACACUGAGAUAUAACAAUCCUCCCUCUGACCGACGGCUCGCUAAGUCUGAGAGCAAGAAAUUUGGGGAUGGGGCUCCACAGAGUAGCAGAGAAAGGCCUCGUAGAUCCCGACCAGCACGCCCCCCCAGGCAAGAUAAACCACCCCGCUUCAGGCGCUUGAAGGAACGAGAGGCUGCAGUGUUGGCUAGUGGAGAGACAGCCCCAAGUCCUCCUGUCCCAUUACCUCCAGUGUCUGCUACUGCUGCCUUUAGCUCUGUACCCACCCCAGUCUCCAUCUCUCCAACCCUCUCUAGAGCUCCAGGAACCCCUGUAACAGUGCCUGCAGAAGUGGGAGCCACUGUGCCUGCACCUGACCUCCCAUCUGCCAUAGAAGCACCUUUGCCUGAGAACAGCAGCCCUGCUGUCACUGCAGUUGGUACCAAAUCUCCUGACUUGUCCAACCAGAACUCUUCAGAUCAAGCCAAUGAGGAAUGGGAAACUGCCUCGGAGAGCAGCGAUUUUAAUGAAAGGAGAGAGCGAGAAGAAAGGAAAGGAGCACUUGAAUCGACUGCUGAAGGAGCCAGUGCCUCUGCCUCAGCACCUGCACCACCUCAGGGCUCUUUGACCCCCAGUAAAAGCCCUCCUGAUGGAAGGGUGACUCCAAAACGUGAAGGAGGUCCUGUAGUCAAGAGGAGUUUCUCAAGUCAGAGGCCUACAGAACGACCGAAUCGUAGAGGCAACAGUGGAGCCAAACCAGGUCGGAGCUACACAGGGGGCAAGGGGGAGAGGAGGGGAGGGGCCAAAGCCAGCCGCAAAAGCCCUGCAGCGCAGCAGAACUCGGAGGCAACAGCACAAACACCUGGAGGAACAGCCCAGAGGUCAGCAAAAGAGCAGCCUGCCCGUCGCAAAGAUGAGGCCAAGCAGGCUGCCAAGAAGCCCAAAGAGAAUGCUCUUUCACAGUUUGACCUUAACAAUUAUGCCAGUGUUGUGAUCAUUGAUGACCACCCAGAGGUCACCACCACAGAGGAUCCACAGUCCAACACCAAUGAUGAUGGCUUCACAGAGGUGGUAUCCCGCAAGCAACAAAAACGGCUGCAGGAUGAGGAGAAACGGAAAAAGGAAGAACAGACUACCCAGAAUUGGGGUAAAAAAGGCUCUGGUGAGAAGAGCAGAGGGGGAGGAGGGAAGCUGCCACCAAGAUUUGCCAAAAAACAGUUACAGCACCAACAACAGGCCUCACAGCCUCAGCCUCCUGUUGCCACCACCCCCCAGGCCCAACAGCAGGCCUCUACUUCUGCCCCCCAGCAUCCUCAUCUUGUGCCCUCUCAGCCAUCUGCUUCCCCUCAGACUCUGGAAGGCACAGUGGCUCCUCUUCCGUCGAUACCACCUGCUGCUGUAGACUUCACCUCAAAGAGCCUCCCCCCUGCUCCUGCGCAGACACACAGCACUCUGGGUACAGAACUGUGGGAGAACAAGAUGGCAGGCUCCACUGUCCUUCCUGAUGUCAAGAAGCUUGGUCCAAUCAGCCCUCCCCAGCCGCCUUCAGUGAGUGCCUGGAUCAAACCUCUUACCUCCUUCACUGGCACGGUCUCCUCUGAGGGUGUGAAGCCUGGAUCAGAGGGCAGUGUAGAAUUGGCAAUAGACAGUAUUCAGUUUGGAGCACCAUCAUCCGCAGGCAGCACUGACAGUGAUGGAGUUCCAGCAUUGUUAGAAACUGGCUCUGAAAACAAACUCCCUGCUCCCAAAGAACAGAGACAGAAACAACCUCGAGCAGGCCCAAUCAAAACGCAGAAGAUUCCUGAAAUGGAACCUGUGGAAACCAAGGAGUACAAGCCAGGUCCCAUUGGUAAAGAGCGCUCUCUAAAGAACCGCAAGGCCAAAGACGCACGUGUAGGAGACGGUGAGGGCAUGGAGGGAGGAGUAGCUGGAGGAGGCGUCAGCAGAGCCACAGACUCCAGUCCUCCCACCAGUGACACCACAGUACCAGAGCUGGGAGGAGACAUUGAGGGCAUGAUUACAGUCUCCUCAGCAGAGUAUAACAGCAGUUCAAAGGAGUCAGUCACUGACUACACCACCCCUUCCUCAUCAUUGGCUGACAGUGUUACUACAGGAGGGAACAAAAUGGAAGAGAGUUUAGUGGCCAAUGUGGCACUACCCCACUCGUUGCCCCUUCCUAGACGAGAGACCCUACAGCAGAGUUCCAGCCUUAGCACCGUGUCCCCUGCCACUGUUGACCUUACAUUAAAGAUGGAAUCUGCUCGUAAAGCAUGGGAAAAUUCACCCAGUUUGGAGAAGAAUUCUCCAGUCACUUCCUCUUCUUCCCCCAUCACCUCCUGUGCGUCCUCAUACUCCUUCUCCUCAGCCUCCAUGCCACAGAUUCCUGUGGCUUCUGUUACUCCCAGCACUUCACUGUCAGGUUCUGGUACCUAUACAACAUCGUCCCUCAGCACCAAGACCACCACGGCUACUGACCCCCCUAACAUCUGUAAGGUGAAGCCCCAGCAGCUACAGGGUGGAAGUCUGUCCUCCUCCAGCAGUAGCAGCAGUAGUAGCAGCAGCUUCUCCCAACUGGGCUGUGUGCCCCCCCUUCUGCCCCAGCAGCAACAGACCCCACAGGUUUAUGUCUCUCAGUCUGCAGCAGGUUCUGCAGCUCAGAUUCCAGCAUUCUACAUGGACACUAGCCACCUGUUCAGCACCCCCCACCCACGAUUGGCUCCUCCCUCCCUGGCACAGCAGCAAGGCUUCCAGCCCGGGCUCUCGCAGCCGACAGCGGUGCAACAGAUUCCCAUUCCUAUCUAUGCUCCACUGCAAGGUCAGCCGCAGCACCAACACACGCACCAGGCUCAGCUAGGACUCAGCACUGGCCCUCCGGUCUCCCAGCCACAGGACCUUUUCAGCUCCUCAUUGCAGCCGUACAGGUCACAGCAGGCAUUCAUGCAGAGUAGCCUGUCACAGCCCUCCAUGAUGUUGUCAGGUCCGUCCCUGCAUAGCUACCCUGGCGUACAGGCACCUGAGCUGGGUAAGCCUCAGUCCAACCUGGCCUAUCAGCAGCCCUCUUCUACCCAGCACAUUCCCAUUCUGUUUGAGCCGCAGCUCAACCAGCCCUCUGGCAUGGGAGGCUCUCAGCUCAUUGACACACACCUACUGCAGGCUCGACAGGGAAUGAAUCAGCAUUCAAACAUGUACUCAGGGCAGGUGCAACAACACGGCCAGAGUAGCUACUACAGCAACACUCAGUCACCUAGUUCAGCAAUGCAACAGGUGACAGUCCCUCUACCGGGUUCCCAGCUGUCCCUCCCAAACUUUGGCUCGGGUGGGGGCCAGCCCCUCCUGGCACUGCCUCCCACCCCCCCGCAGGCCCAGCCUCCAAACAUCAACCGACAACCCCCGGUCUCCCAGCCAUACCGAGGUAUCAUGGGCCCUAGCCACAACAUGAUGCAGCCACCCACCAGCAAGAUGGACAUGGAUUUGAAAAUGUUUGGCACUGGGAUGGAUGUGAAACCUGGAACCCCUCCUGUAAGCGCCAGGAGCACUACACCCACCUCCAGUCCUUACAGCAUUCCCCUGUCCUCGGUCUGCAGGGCCAGCUCCACCUCUCCUAGCACCCAGUCCAGUAAGAUGAACAGCAUGAUGUACCAGAAGCAGUUUCAGCCCAGCUCCGCUGGCAUGAGAAUGACUCAGCACUUUCCUGGCCAGUUCAACCCACAGAUUCUGUCUCAGCCCAACAUUGUCUCUCCUCUGGUUCGACCUCCUCACGCUAACUCAUUUGCUGGAGGUGUCCAGCGGUCUGCAAUGGGGCCUCCGAUGUCACCCAAUAUGGGUGGUGGUCUAAUGCCUCAUCCCCGGCCCCAGCACCCUCCACGAGGACCUUCUGGCCCAUCUCUUGCACCUCGAGGCACACAGGCAGCUCUGAAGGCUGAACAGGACCUAAAGGCAAAGCAGCGGGCUGAGGUGCUCCAGUCCACUCACAAGUUCUUCUCAGAGCAACAGCAGCAACUCAAGGCACCACAAGUCAGCAAAGCAUCUCGACUUGAUCAGGGAGGAAAGCCCCCACUCGACGCCUCGGCCCCAAACCACCAGGCAGGAAGUGACCGUCCAGAUUCUGACAAACCCCCCAUCUCCACAGCCAAGCCCAUACGGACUGGCCCUAUAAAACCACAGGCAAUCAAACCAGAAGAGGGCAAGUAAACGGCCGCUGACCCUUUUCAGAUGACGACGAUCCAAAUGGUUGAAAGAGAGAAUCUAGCCCCAUUCACUCUGUCACCAUCUCAUAUCAGCCCUGGAGACAGUGUCAGGGAGGAUGAGAUGAGGAGAGAUCCAGACAGUAGUGGUUGCUGAUUGUUGGCGCUGUCUUGCGUAUACAUAACCCUCUUCUUUCUUCCCCUGUCCUGUCCCACCAUAGGUGGCAGCAUUUGAGUUGGAUUCUUCCAUGGUGUUUAAAAUGGCUGCACAGGUUGUUCAGCAGAACUCUGCUGUGACAGAUAUCAGGAGAGUUGAGAGAGAAAAUUGAAAUUGGAUUUGCUGCUGAGUUUUCCAUAUUCGUAGCUCUUGAUUUCAGUUAAUUUACUUUUUUCCUCCCCAAAAAGGAUCCUGCAUAUUUAUAGCAGGAAGCUGUCUUAAUGAAAAAUCAGUCACCUCUUUUUGUAGUCAGAACAAUCUCAAAGAUGUCGUGUAGUGAUGCACACACUGUUGCCCAAUUUCCCAGCAUAACUAAUCCACAGAUUUGUGUACGUCUACACACACUACAAUUUUUAUUCAUAGUUACUCCACAGAGACCUGACAGACUGUUUGUUUUGUUUUACAAGAAUGGAAAUGUGAAAAUUACAGCAUUUGAUUGACUUUAAUGAUUGAGUUAUUGAUUAGUCUGCCUGUGAGCCUUUGCUCCUGCCUUCUGAUCUCAUAUCCUGCCUGACAGUUACUGAUGGG